AUGGAGGGCUUGGGCCGCUUCUCCCCGCGCUGCGUCCUGGCCACGGGCGGGAAGCGCACGUCGGCUGCGCGGCUGCGUGGGCCCGGAGCUGGUACUGAGCCGUGCUUGGGCUCGGGGGCCACGACCCCGGGCGAGGUGAACGAGGUCGCGGCGCCCUGGCCCUACCCGCGCUGCGCACCCAUCGCGGGGCCUCGCCGGCGCCGGUGCUCCCACUCGCCAAGGGAAAGCCGCAGCCUGACCGACGUGGCCACGAGGCCCCCAGACCGCACCAGGAGGCCCAAGCCCCGAGGCCGGCACCUAGAGGACGCCUGGGGCGAGCCAGGGCCCAAGCCUCACCCCAGAGGCGGCGCGCACAGCCCAGCCUGGCGGCGGCAGCCCCACCACCACAGCCCUCCAGCCCAGGGAGACUCACCCUCGCCUUACCCCGAGGGAGCAUACACCCCCCUGAGCGGGAUCUUUGGGGUGGAGAAGGCGCAGAGCGGAGACCAGUGGGCGGUGCCGCUGUGCAGGGGUCCAGGUCACUGGUCCCUGUCCUCGGCUCCCUCAGAGAAGUCUUCCGUGCCAUCUCAAGAAUUCAGGGCGCAGUCGGCGUGCGUGUGCGCCCAUAAGAGGGACAGCAGUGAUCUGCUGGAGUCGUUAGCCAGCCAACUCUCCCAGCCUUCAGUGUCCAGCAAAGAGAUUCAGAGCCCGCACGCCCAGAUGCUCAAGAGCAAGCUGGAGGAGGCGGUCAUGUCCUCCAGGGACCAGAAGAUCGUGGCCCUAGUGCUGACCCGGCUCCAGAAGGCCCAGAGGAUGCGGGAGCUGCAGCAGCAGGCGGCCGUGGCCUGGGAGGAGCUGAAGCGCUCCGACCAGAAGGUGCAGAUAACCUUGGAGAGGGAGCGCAAGCUGCUUCUGCAGGAGAGCCAGGAGCAGUGGCGGCAAAAGGAGCAGCGUGUCCGACGGCGGGACGGCAAAACCAGGAGGGCUCCCCGGUCUGCAGAGCAUGCGGGCAGGGCGCUGCGGGAGAAACCGGAGCGAGCCCGGGCGGUGGCCGAGCCAGAGCCUACGCCCCGGAGGAGGACCCGAGAGCUGCUCUUGCAGGAGCCGGAGAGGAUGGUGCAGGGCCUGCGAGAGCAGGACUGCCCGAAGCUGCAGGAGAAGCUGGAGCAGGGCUCUCACCGGAAGAACCUGCCCACCGCGGAGCCCCAGAAAAAGGUCCAGGAGACCAACCUCAGUUCCCUCGUCAACUACCAGGCCCGGAAGGUCCUGCUGGACUGCCAGGCCAAGGCUGAGGAGCUCCUGAGGAAGCUGUCCCUGGAGCAGAGCUCCCAGCGGCCCCACGAGAUCCCGCAGGGCGGGCUGCACGAGCGCCCGAGGGAGCUGAGGGACAGGGCGCAGAAGCCGGAGGAGCGGCUGCAGCAGGUGCGGCGGCGCGCGCAGGCCGCGGAGGAGCAGACGUGCGCGCACAAGCGGCUGCUGGCGGAGCUGGCGGAGCAGAAGGGGCAGCAGGCCAGGAGCAACCUCCAGAGGGACAUCAGGGACAAGGUGCAGCACAUCCACGAGCUGAGCGUCCUGCGAGAGAAGAAUCAUCACAUCCUGAAGCUGAAAGCCGAGAAGGAGGAGAAGUGCCACAUCGCUGGCAUCAAGGAGGCCAUCCGGAAAAAGGAGCAGAGGAUGGAGCAGAUCUCCCGGGAAAAAGACGCCACCUUCGAGGAGUUCCAGAAGAUCUCCAGGGCCUCCAGAAGAGACCACGCCCACGCGCUGGCCAGCAGCUUCCUGGACCGGAGGGCGCGCGAGACCCAGCGCGGGGCCGGGACACCGGGCUGCUGA